AUGGGAGCUGCGAGACGCCAGAAAUCACCACGGUCCGACUCGGAAUCCCCGCCGAGGGAGCAAGACGUGGAGGACAAUUACGAUGAUGCGGGAGAGCUGGAUGAUGGCACAGAUUCCGAUUAUUUUGAGGAGUUCGCGAGCGACACCACCUCGAUCAAUUCGAUGAUCACCGCUUAUCGCUAUGAAAACGGGAGACGAUACCAUGCUUACAAGGACGGUGCUUACUGGGGCCCGAACGACGAGACCCAGAAUGAACAACUCGACAUAGCCCAUCAUAUGUUCACAAUGCUUCUCGGAAACAAGUUGUGUCUUGCCCCCAUCUCUGAUGAUAUCCAAAGAGUGCUCGACAUCGGUACUGGAACCGGAAUAUGGGCUAUUGACUUCGCAGACGAAUACCCAUCCGCAGAGAUCAUUGGAACCGACCUAUCGCCGACGCAACCCAGCUUUGUACCACCAAACCUUCGGUUUGAGAUCGACGACGCAGAAGAUUCAUGGGCAUAUCCAGAGAACCAUUUCGAUCUUAUCCACGUGCGUGCACUCUACGGGGCGAUUUCUGACUGGCCAGCGUUCUAUCGCAACAUGUUGAUCGGUCUUCGGCCCGGCGCAUGGUUUGACCAACUCGAGAUGUCAAUCCAGUUCAGAUCGGAUGACGGCACUGUGACCUCGGACCACAUUCUGGCAGAGUGGUCACGUAUAUUUAUCGAGGCAGGAGAGAGAUUCGGCAAAACGUUUCGCAUCGCCGACUUAGCCCGCCAGUACAUGAUUGACGCCGGUUUUGAGAAUGUAACCGAGCGGCGAUUCAAGCUUCCUGUUGGUCCUUGGAGCAGGGACGAGCACCACCGACAGCUGGGACGGUGGAAUCUGCUGCAUUGCGAGCAGGGUAUAGAAGGAUGGUCCAUGGCACUGCUCACCCGUGUGAUGGGGUGGAGCUAUGAGGAAGUACAAGUAUUCUUGGCCAAGAUGAGGAAAGGCUUGCGCGACUAUUCAAAGAUCCAUGCCUAUUUUCACGUCGUGAGCGUCCACGGUCAGAAGCCGCUCAAAGGACGUGUACCUUGA